AUGAAUACAAAGAAAUCAGCAACACUAAAAAUCAACGUCGAAAGAACAAUAGAAAGCUACAGAAAUCACUCUCUUCUUGGCGAAAAGAAAGUAUUAGGUCCUGUGCCAAAGUUUAACUGGCCGAGCUUCCUUUCCAAAAUAUUCAUUGGAAGCACACACUUGGAAUUCCAGAAGGAGGCCGAAGAAAAGUGGGGACUAUAUUCUCAACUACUUUCUAGAAUAUUAGAGAUGAACACGAUAUGCCUUAUGAUGUACAGCACCGAAAACAGCGCGGCUGCUUUCAGAGAUGCCAUUUUAGGGAAUGAAAUGGAUGAAGAACUCACCGGGAGAGCGGCAGAACUGCAGUAUGCGGAAAAAUGUGAGUUCAUCCGAAGAAACUUGACAGAAGACAACAUAGACGGAGAGCCUACAAUAAAGGCCUUUAUGGAAAAAAGAGCUGCAGUGCUCAUACAAGAAUUGGAGACUAUCUGUGCCUUCAGUGGAUUGGAGAAUAAGAACAACUGCAUAAUGCAGCUUUUUCACAUCGCAAACAGACGCUUUAACUUGCUAGCUCUAAGAGAUGAACACUACGGGAUAUGUCCUCUGGAUAGAUUCUGCAUGAACUACGAACAGAAAAACUCAAUCUCAAGCUCUGACAACAUAUACUCGCUGGAAGAGUUGUACACUCUUGAGAAAGACGGGAAACUUCUUUUGGAUGAGGCACUUGAAGAAACAUUCAUCACAAUAUACAGAGAUUUUAGUUCUAAGAAUUUCUUCCAAACUGUUGAAGAGAUGGAAUCUGUGGAGAUAAGCCCAGAGAUUAUGAAGCAAAUCAGAAGCAUCAGACACCACAGAGAAGCCAUCGUUUGCGAGCAAGAAUUUGUCUACCAGAUGCUUUACAUAGGAAGAGAUAGAGCUGUUUUCGGAAGAAAUGGCAAAAUACUAGACGGGAUUCUCGAUGUAACGAAGUCUAACCCCAUCGGAGCAGAUAUCUUUAAAAAGUCAGUGGAUCCAGCGAUUAUUUCCUUAGUCAUAGCCGACGAUAAAGAAGAGCUGAAGGAACAACUCAACAAUAAGAGAAUAGAAAUCGAGAGAAACCUAGACCGAACACAGAAUAUGCUGAAGUUUAUGCCACACAGCACGAAGAAAGCCAAUGAAAUGUAUAUGAUGAUUGAAUUAUACCAAUUGACAAUUGCCUCAAUAGACGAGGCUUUAAACCUUUUCAACGACUACAGCGGGCUGGAUCUAGUUCAAAAGAAGGCUGUGUGGGCGAAGAUAGAGAGCUAUUCGAGAAAUCUCCAGGUUGUGAUUAACGAUUUUGAUUUUCUCAGGAAAUACAUGAUACGCUACGAGGAGAAAGCGAAAGCUCGUCUUUCUGGUAAGUCAUCAAAUAAUGACAAAACGAAAGAUAAUGUGGAAUCUAAUCGGCCUUUUAACCAGGGUUCUAGUCACUUAAACAACAAUGCAGCUCCUAUUAUUCAACAGGAAACUACUACAGAGAUCGUUGAUGCAGAUCCUGCUAAUCCAGAGGAUAUAGAUCUCCAAAACCCCGAACUUAUGAAAUCUCUGCAAAUUAUGCUGUGCCUUUUCUUGUCGCUAUUCGCAGUCUCUUCUUCUAUGGCUAUAUACGAAGAAAUAUGA